UCUGACACUACUUUUAAUCUCUCAUCUCUUUCUCGCUCUUUCUUUUCCCCGCCCUCUCUCUCUCCAACUUUCUCUCUCUAAAAUGGUGAAUGGGUUAGCUGCAUGCCAGUGAGUCGUUAUGUGGCGUGAUGUUAAAUAUAGGCAGUUUUGGUUUUGUAUACAUCGCCUCUAAAGUAAAAACAACCCUUAUUUAGUACUCUCUCUCACACACAGUCUCACUGAGAAACGCAGAGACACGCGGAUCUUUUAUCACUGAAUACUCUACUGUUGUUGCGGUCUCUGCAGUUCGGACUCUCUGUCCUCUCUUUUCAAACUUCCCCACUCGCAGCAAAUGCAAAAAUGGAGCACCAAACACUUCGUAGCAUCCUUCCUGCUAACUCUGGAAAAGGUGGUGUUGGAGGCAGGAAUCACUGGGACAAGGCAUGGCCGGUGAUGAGUAGUAAAGGGGAGGGUCUAGUGAGAGAAGGAUCACCGUCGAUCAAGUUUGGUCUAGGGAUUGGUGUAUGCUCUGGAGGACCGAGCCAUUUGAUCCAAUCUGGGUUCACGCCUGUUCAAUUGCAUGAGCUCAACCUACAAGCCCUCAUAUUCAAGUACAUAGUAGCUGGUCUUCCUGUACCUUUCCACCUUCUGCUUCCCAUCCGGAAGAGUGUUGAAGCCCAUUUUGGCUCUGCUAAUGGUGGAAUCUAUAACCAGUUUCCAAGCUUCAUAGGAUUCAGUUAUCAGGGAUUGGAUUACAGGAGCGUGAUGGAUCCUGAACCUGGAAGGUGUAGAAGAACUGAUGGAAAGAAAUGGAGGUGCAGUAAGGAUGUGGUUCCGGAUCAGAAAUACUGCGAGCGGCAUAUGCACAGAGGUCGUAAUCGUUCAAGAAAGCUUGUGGAAGCUUCUGAGAUUGCUUCAGAAUCAGAUGCAAGCACAGCCAUCAAUUUUAGUACAACCGUCUCAACUCUCGGUUCUAGUAGCACUUAUAAAACAAAUGCCAAACACUCCACCACAGUCCCUUUAAACCUUCAAUUAAAGACCCCCUCUUCUGAUAUCAGCCGCAGCGCGCCGACCACUGUUAUUGCCACCACUAGCUCUAUCAGUAGCUUCAGCAGAAACAACUACACUUUUGAUGUUAAUAAAGGUUCAACUCCCCCACCCACCGCUAUCACCACCUGCACUGUUAGCAAUGGAAGCAAAAGCAAUGUUGGUGUGAAAAAAGAGCCCAUCACCACCACCACAACUACCAUCAAUGCUACUUUUGGCAGCAACAACAAUGGGAAUAGUAAUGACUGCAUUAGUAUUAAGGGUGGCUUCUGUGACCACAUCAAUGACAACAACAUCCACAGAAGUAGCAACUUCGGAAGCAAUGGUGGCAUUUACGGCAGCAAGUCUAUUGGAUUUGGCUUCUCCCCAAGGAGUGUUCUUCAAGGUGUUGCAGGUUGCAGCAACCCAUGUUUCAAUCAUAGAAAGGCCGAAGAACCUGAACCACAGAGAUGCAGAAGAACGGAUGGUAAGAAAUGGCGGUGUAACAGGGAUGUUGUUCCUGAUCAUAAGUAUUGUGGGAGGCACGUAAAUAGAGGUACAAAAAAGCUUGUUGUAGAUCAUCACCAAGUGUCUGUAGCUGCUGCUCCUAUCACUGGCAGUGCGCAACCACCCUGUCCUCUUGGUAUACCCAAAAAAGCAGAUAAUCAUAUGAACUUGAACACCAACCUCUCCAUCUCAAUCCCAGAGAGUCCUCAACCAACAAUAAAAAUUGAAAAAAGUACUACUAGCAGUAGUAGUGAUGCCACCACCAUCUCGGACGAAUUUAUCAGCGUCUCUCACUGAUUGGCUCUCUCUCUCUCUCUCUCCCUCUCUGUGGCCAAUGUGAUCUUGAGAUUGUUUUCGCUAUGAAGUACUGGUCAGAUAGAGGAAAGUUUGAGCCAUUGAGGACCUGGUUAUAUAAGGGGGAAACUGGAAUCCACAUGGUGUUGGCCUGAUCGUGAAAUACAUGGUUGAUAGGGCACCAUUAUAUGAACUAAUUUGUUUUUCUUGUAAGUAUUUGGAUACUAGUUUUUGGUGAUUCCAGAAUGAAGUGUUUUUCUGUGUUCAAUUUUCUUUAUAUAAACCAGGACUCAGAAUGAUUGUCAAUGCCAACAACAUGAAGCUAAUAUAGUUGUGCUUGUCGACAAA